UUUUUUAGAGUGUAGUGGUGCAACGGGAAAUGUAGCUACUCUUGAUCAAGUACGUGCAUUGGAUUGGGUCCAAACCAAUAUUCACGCAUUUAAUAGCGAUAAAAACAGUGUUACAUUAUCUGGACAAUCAACAGGCUGUUCGCCUGUUCUAACUAUUGUACAAAAUCGCCACGUUGAACGUGAUCGUCGUCGAUUUCACCGUAUCAUUUGUGAAUCGAGUCCAUUAUCUGUAACGUUGUGUGAUUUAGACGGAUCAAAACAGUACAAUUCAGAAUUUGCCAGUGGUUGUUCACCGUCAGCUUAUCUAAAUAAAACAGCUGAAUAUUUGCGCAACUAA